AUGGCCACCAGGUCUCUCACCUUCAACCAGCUGUAUGGCAGCAUACCAAGCACUCUCACCCAGCUCACACAGCUCACAUUCUUAUGCAUUGAGGCGAUCCCCAUCCUCCUUCUCCCAACAAUUGUCCCUCCCGCUUGCAGCGACCUUUCUCACAACUACCUCACAGGCAGCGAGCUGAAGCCUCUUGCUGUGCUCUACCUGGAUCUCUCCAGCAACUUCCUCUUGGGCCCUCUGCCCGAUGAGGCAUGCCAGCCUCUUUCUUUUGAUGCCAACUGCUUCACACUGCCACAGGGCUGUGCCUUGGUGUCGCAGCGGCAAGAGGCAGCAUGCAUUGCAUUCUGUGGCGUCUCCUCUGUAGAUGGUGGUGCUGCUGCGUGUGGUGGACAUGGGGUGUGCUAUCCACAGGGGCCUAGCUUGGCACCCACAUGUCUGUGCAAUGCGGGAUUCGUGCGCUUUGGAGACAUUGACUGUGUUGCUCAAGGGCAGGGGCUGUCGGGGUAUGGACUGCACCUCGCCUUCCAUGCCAACUUCACCUUCUCCCUCUCACCUCAAUCCGGCCGCGUGGGCUUUAACGGCUUUGCCUUUGCUGUCUCGGCUACCGACCGGGUGGGGAGAGGCACCGGUGUGGGGUAUGGUGGAAUGGACAAGCGGAGUGUGGCAGUUGAGUUUGACACUCGGCAGGACAAGCAGCACGGUGACAUGAGCAGCCAGCAUGUGGGGCUGAACAUUCGAGGCGAGGACAAGUCGCUAGCCGCUGUACCAUCACCAUUCCCUCUGAGCAGCAAGAAGGCAUACACGGCAUGGGUGGACUAUGAGCCAGGGGAUCCUGGCACCAUCCAGGUCUUCCUGGCCGACUCGAAGGAGAAGCCGCGGGAGGCGGUGCUGGAGAGGAGGCUGGCGUUCCCCUUCCCGCGCUACAUGAGUGCGGACUACCGAGUGGCACCCGGCAAGCAGGACUCGUGGGUCGUCAGCGACUUCCACUCCUUGGACUCCGUGCCCUUUCUCGGCUGGCCCGUCAAGGACCAGAAAGACAGCAAUGCUUGUUGGGCAUUCGCGCUGGUGGCGAGUGUGGAAGCGGCAUACGGCAUUGCAACGAAUGGAGAGGCGCCGCAGCUGUCAGUGGAGUCGCUCUUUGCAGCCAUGGGGCUCACCUCCGAGGCUGACAAGUGCAGCACAGGGGGCUCUCCCACCGAGGCACUUGAAACGCUUCUCAUGCUGCCCAAUAGCGGAAUCACAGAGGCUGGUGCACAUGUGAGUAGUGAGGUGGAGGAGUAG